GACAUGGCCUUAUUGUAUGGUUGCGUCAAAGAAACAUGCAUUCUCCAUUGAAAACGAAGACGAAGUUAGUAAUAAUCACACACUCAUAUCAUCAGAGCCAAUAGAGAGAGAGAUCUGAAAAGAUGAAGGCGGAGAAGAGUCCGAUUCAGACCGUGAUGUCGUGGAUUCGCCGGCAGCCACCGAAGGUAAAGGCGUUUCUUUGUGUGGUUACGGCAAUGACGAUCCUCGUCUUCCUCAGGGUCAUUGUACACGAGCACGACAACCUUUUCAUCGCUUCCGAGGCUGUCCAUGCCGUUGGGAUCUCCGUUCUUAUCUACAAACUCACCAAGGAGAAGACAUGCGCUGGGAUAUCUCUCAAGACGCAGGAGCUAACGGCUUUGUUUCUGGCCGUGAGAUUGUAUUGUAGCUUUGUAAUGGAGUUUGAUCUUCACACGUUACUUGAUUCUGCUACGUUGGCGACGACCCUUUGGGUCAUCUAUAUGAUCCGGUUCAACCUUAGACCGACGUAUAUGGAAGACAAAGAUAACUUUGCCAUCUACUACGUUGUAGUCCCAUGUGCUGUUGUGUCUUUGCUCAUUCAUCCAUCUACACGUCACCACAUCAUAAACAGGCUCUUUUGGGCCUUCUGUGUUUAUCUUGAAGCUGUUUCAGUUCUUCCUCAAUUAAGAGUCAUGCAGAACACUAAGAUCGUGGAACCAUUCACAGCACAUUACGUAUUUGCUUUGGGAAUCGCUAGGUUCUUGAGUUGUGCACACUGGAUCCUUCAGGUGUUGGAUACGAGAGGGAGGUUACUGACUGCAUUAGGGUAUGGACUAUGGCCUUUAAUGGUCCUUCUCUCUGAAAUCAUACAAACUUUCAUCCUUGCAGAUUUUUGCUAUUACUAUGUUCAGAGUUUAAUGGGUGGACAACUCGUUCUGCGUCUUCCUUCUGGUGUGGUGUAAGGAGCUUUGUGAAACGGAUUGCUUGAGCUUGUACGGAUGUUUAAACUUUUAAUUUUAUUAGAGACUUUGUGAGAUGUAAUUUAAAAAUUUUGCUAGCAAAGAAGUCUUGGCUAGAAUUAGUACUUUUUACAAUAAUGGCAAUUCUGAUCUUCUUGUGACUCGGUCCACUCGGAGAUCA